AUACAGAGAUGUGGCUUGCAGUUCCUUUUGGUUUUGCUUUGCUCAGGAGCAUCACACCAAGGGCUCCAUCUUCCCAGGAAGGCACAGCUUCCCUUGGUUCGUAGCUCCGCCAAAUCUUUUGGAGUUUCUGUUACCUUUCCCUCCGUCAUGGCUCAGCACAGAGCUGGUGAAUGGGCUGGGACCUGGGUCCCCUUUUCAGGUACCCACGUAUGAAGUACUACUUGAGCCCUGCCAACUACCCUGAAGAUGGAAUUAUGAAUAUGGCAACUUUUCUACGGGGCUUUGAAGACAAGAGGGUAAAAACCGACAGGCCUGAGGACCAGUUCAGUAAAGAGAAAAAGAAAAUUCUGUUCUCCUUCUGCGAGGUGUGCAACAUCCAGCUGAACUCUGCAGCCCAGGCCCAGGUCCAUUACAACGGCAAAUCGCACCGCAAACGGGUCAAGCAGCUGAGCGAUGGACAGCCUCAGCCCCCAGCCCAGGGCGCAGGAACCAUAAAAAACACUGAAGGUGGACUGAAAGGCUGCGGUCAAGUGGAUGAAUGGGGCCUUACCGUGUGCCAGGUCUUGUGCAAAGGAGGUUACCUCAUUUGA